AUGUGCGAGGAAGAGGACAGCACUGCCCUUGUUUGUGACAAUGGAUCCGGGCUCUGUAAAGCCGGCUUCGCUGGAGACGAUGCUCCGAGAGCAGUUUUCCCUUCCAUUGUGGGUCGCCCCAGGCACCAGGGUGUGAUGGUUGGUAUGGGUCAAAAAGACAGCUACGUAGGUGACGAGGCUCAAAGCAAGAGAGGAAUCCUGACCUUGAAGUACCCCAUAGAACAUGGCAUCAUUACAAACUGGGAUGACAUGGAGAAGAUCUGGCAUCACUCCUUCUAUAAUGAGCUCCGCGUUGCACCUGAAGAACACCCGACUCUACUGACUGAAGCACCACUGAAUCCCAAAGCCAAUCGAGAGAAAAUGACCCAGAUUAUGUUCGAGACUUUCAAUGUGCCAGCCAUGUAUGUAGCUAUUCAAGCUGUACUGUCCCUCUAUGCUUCUGGACGUACCACAGGGAUUGUGCUUGACUCCGGGGAUGGUGUCACCCACAAUGUGCCAAUUUACGAAGGCUACGCCUUGCCGCACGCCAUCAUGCGGUUGGACCUGGCUGGCCGUGACCUGACAGACUACCUCAUGAAAAUCCUGACAGAGCGUGGCUACUCCUUUGUGACCACUGCGGAGCGUGAAAUUGUCCGUGACAUCAAGGAGAAGCUGUGUUAUGUGGCCCUGGACUUUGAAAAUGAGAUGGCCACUGCUGCCUCUUCCUCCUCUCUGGAAAAAAGCUACGAGCUUCCUGACGGUCAGGUGAUCACCAUUGGAAAUGAACGCUUCCGCUGCCCAGAGACCCUCUUCCAGCCAUCAUUCAUUGGCAUGGAGUCUGCUGGCAUUCAUGAAACCACUUACAACAGCAUCAUGAAGUGCGAUAUAGACAUCAGAAAGGAUCUUUAUGCCAACAACGUGCUGUCUGGAGGCACUACAAUGUACCCGGGUAUUGCAGACAGGAUGCAGAAGGAAAUAACUGCUCUGGCUCCCAGCACUAUGAAGAUCAAGAUCAUUGCUCCUCCUGAACGUAAGUAUUCCGUCUGGAUUGGAGGCUCUAUUCUUGCCUCCCUCUCUACUUUCCAGCAGAUGUGGAUCAGCAAACAGGAAUAUGAUGAAGCUGGCCCAUCCAUUGUUCACCGCAAAUGCUUUUAAA